ACCCGGAGCUGCUGCGAGCCGGGCCCGGCCUGGCUACGCCUCGGCGCCGUGCCCAAGAGGUGGUUUACUCACUUCUAUGUGGUUUCUGUGACCUGGAAUGGCUUUUUGCUGCUCCUUCUUAUUCAAGCUCUGUUCCUGGAAAGGCCUUUCCCAGUUUGGCUUCAGGAUCUGCUCAGCAUUCUCAGUGGGUCUUCACAGAACCAGGGUCGUCUUGCUCUCUUGCUGCUGUCAACAGCAUGUGCCCUGAUACACAUGCAUCUUCUCCCUUUCCCUGGAAAUACACUCACUGCAGGGCAAAGAUUUGCUUUUAUCAGAGGAAAAAGUUAUGAAUACCUGUCUGCCUUCUUGGUUCUCCUCCUGUUUUGGCUGCACAGUCUUCGAAGACUCACAGAGUGCCUCUGCAUCAGUGUGUUCUCCAAUGGCGUCAUUCAUAUUGUGCACUACUGCUUUGGAUAUGCUUACUAUAUUGGCAUUGGAUUAACUGUGCUAUGUCAAGUACCAGUUAAUGUCAGGAAUGGGAAAAGCCUUUGGAUGCAAAUCGGUUGGUAUCACACCCUGGGAAUUAUUGUGUACAUUUGGGCUUCUGUUCAUCACAAUAGAUGUCAUGUGAUUCUAGCUAAUCUUAGAAAAAAUAAAUCAGGAAACGUUGUAAGUUUGAAUCACAGUAUUCCUUUUGGAGACUGGUUUGAGAGGGUCUCCUGCCCACACUAUUUUGCAGAACUCCUAAUAUAUGUCUCCCUAGCCAUCACAUUUGGAUUCUACAACUUGACUUGGUGGCUUGUAGUGAUGUAUGUACUCUUUAAUCAGGCAUUGGCUGCCAUUUUGUGCCACGAGUUCUACCUGACCACAUUCAGCUCCUAUCCAAAACAUCGAAAAGCAUUUAUACCAUUCCUCUUUUAAGAUAUUUAUUAAUGCAAACCAUCUAAAAGGGAAUAGAAGACAGGUUCUCAGGAGUCGAUGUAAUCAAAACUGGGGUUAAACAAAACUUUGUCUGGGUUUUGCUCAGAGAUGCACAUGAGUUUAAUUAAUGUACAGACUUUACUUUUAAAAGUUUGAAUUGCAUCUAUACAUUGCACAACUUUAAUAUGAAAAACAUUAAAUUAAAUACAAGAGCU